AACUCCAAACCUAAAACCCUAUUUUUCAUUUCAUAAAUCAAAAACCCCUAUUCUCACUUUAUUCAUUUCUUGUAUUAAGAUGGAAGAUUUUUCAAAGAAUCAAACAUUUGCAAUCCAUGCAUUUGCAGGUGCAUCAGCCUUAACUUUAGGCACUCUUUCCACUUACCCUUUUGAUACUAUCAAAACCCUUAUUCAGGUUGGAUCAGGUCCAGAUAAACAGUUGACUGCAGCUCAGGUGUUUGAUAGAGUUCGCAAACUAUCAGGAGAUUCUGGGGUGUACAAUGGCUUUGGGUGGUUGGCGUUGGGGAGAGUUUUGGGAGUGGGAGCACGCUUUGGCACAUAUGAAAUGUUGACAGCUUUCUAUAAAGAUGGUCGUAAAGACAACUAUGUGUAUGCCUCAGAGGCUCUUAUGGCAGGAAUUGCAGCCGGUGCUGUGGAAUCACUUAUCAGCUCUCCAUUUGAGCUUCUCACAGUUCGUGCACAAGUGACGAGUGCUUCUCGUGUAUCGAACUCUUCCAUGGGUUUACAAAAAACUUCUGUAUCAUCUUCAGUUGCAAAACUACUACGUGGGUAUUCUCCAGAUGUUAAGGCACUGAACCAUUCUGUUGGUCUUUUGUCUGCCCUGAAUACUAAGCAAGCAAACUUGACUGGCUCACUAAAAGAGUACCCGUGGAUGAUGACUGGGACUGGGCGGGCUCCACCCGUUUAUCAGGUUAGGAGGCCUAUUGAUGUCAUAUCUUUGGAAGGAUGGGGAGCCCUGUGGAGGGGUAUGCGAUCUGGGUUAGUUCGUGAUUCAAUUUUUGGCGGUGUAUUCUUCUCAAGCUGGCAAUUUCUGCAUCGUGCGAUGCUGGACUGGAAGGCUGUUGGGAUGGACCCGAUUCCAAGCUCUGAUGAAGAUAUCGGCCCAUUACACCCUUUAGCUGUUAGUCUGGCAGCUGGAUUUUCAGGCUCAGUUGCUGCAGCAGCGUCCCAUUCUUUUGACACUGCCAAAUGUCGAUCACAAUGUCUUGUGUUGCCAAAGUACAUUACCAUGGAGAGGAAGUUCCUAAGGUGGACUUUGCCAGGAAGGAGGUUUGAGAGACUUACCGGCAUCCAUCCUCGAGAUAGAAAUAUCCUUUUUCGUGGCAUUUGGUUGCGAAUGGCUCGCAGUGGAGUUGCAUCAUUUGUUUUUAUAGGUAGUUACUUUUUUGUGAUCGAUCGCCUAGUUUCAGUAUGAAUUUAUCUUACUAAACUUGAAUAAGGGUUUUGUGAGUUCUUCGAAAACCCAAAACCACAUGAUAUGUAACAUGAACAAGUCUUAUGCCUAGAAAAAUGGUGCAUUUUUGUCAACAUGUAUUAAAUCUAUGCCACAAGCUGAAUGUGAAUUUCAGUAGAUAAACUGGAGGCAAGUAACCUGUCAAAUUAUGUCCUGCUCAAAUGAUGAUAUUUGGUACUGGUCAUAACGGAUCAUGUUUGGUUGACAUGCGGUUUAA